AUGGGCUAUGGUGGAAUACCAAUGCCGAUGGAUUAUGGCGGGAUGCCUAUGCAGAUGAAUGCUAAUGCCCAGCCAAUGAAUGCUAACGCUAGGUUACAGAGUAAUGCCACUCCCAAUCCUAAUAUCAACCAACAGCCUAUGAAUCCUGGAAUGUACAAUACUCAGUAUCCUCCUCAACCUCAUUACAAUCCCUAUACGCAGCCGCCCUUCUAUAAUAUGGGUGCAACAACCUUAUUUUAA